AGUUUUUCGGAAGACAGUAAAUUACCGAAUUUCGUUCCGUUGCCCAAACAGAGGGCGUCAAGGUAUGGUCGCGAGGUCUCUGUGGCGGGCCGGCGCGAAGGUCGCGAUGGCGGCCACCGCAAUAGGCGGUGGUGCCGCAGCGGCCUCCAUAGCUGCCUCCGACGACCCUUCCAUGACUCUUAAGCUCUGCACCGCCGUCCCGCUCCGCCUCGUUCGCCUUUCGUCCACGGUCGCUACUAUUGCCUUCGAUUAUGAAUAUUCGCUGUGGAGAUUGCCUGAUGGAAGUAGUGAAAGAGAAAAAGUUAAGCAUGAAGUUCACCUUAGAUCUGCUCGUAGAAUUCAAGAGUUAUGCUUUAAAAAUGGAGGAAUAUAUAUCAAGCUUGGCCAACACAUUAGUCAGUUGGAGUAUUUGGUGCCCCAAGAAUAUGUCCAGACAAUGAGAGAAUCUAUGUUGAACAAAUGUCCAGUAUCUCCGUACAAUCAAGUAUGUGAAGUGUUCAAGAGAGAGCUUGGCGAGACACCAGAUAAGAUCUUUUCUGAAUUUAAUCCUGAUCCAAUAGCAAGUGCAUCACUUGCACAAGUGCAUGUUGCUCGCACCCAUGAUGGCCAAAAAGUUGCUGUGAAGGUGCAGCACACUCAUAUGACUGAUACUGCAGCUGCAGAUCAUGCUAGUGUUGCACUAAUUGUGAACACCCUAUAUCGAAUUUUUCCUUCAGUUGAUUAUAGGUGGUUGGUCGAUGAGAUGAGUGAGAGUUUGCCAAAGGAACUUGAUUUCUUAGGUGAGGCCAGGAACAGCGAGAAAUGUUUGGAUAACUUUCGUAAGUUGUCUCCUCAUAUUGCAGACUAUGUGUAUGCUCCAAAGGUGUAUUGGAACUUAAGUACUUCAAAGUUGUUGACCAUGGAGUUUAUGGAUGGUGCUCAAAUAAGUGAUGUCCGGGCCAUUCAGAGGCUUGGGGUUCAACCAUCAGAAGUUGCAAAAUUAGUUAGUCAUGCAUUUGCUGAGAUGAUAUAUAAGCAUGGCUUUGUGCACUGUGACCCUCAUGCUGCAAACUUGCUCGUCCGUCCCUUGCCUUCCAGCAAAAAGAGCUUCUUCGGCAAGAGGAAACCACAGUUGGUACUUUUGGACCAUGGGCUGUAUAAAGAUCUCGACUUCAACAUCAGAUUUAACUAUGCUGCCCUUUGGAAGGCACUAAUAUUUUCCGAUGCGGAGGCAAUAAAGGAGAACAGUAAGAAACUGGGUGCUGGAGAAGAUCUUUAUGCAUUAUUUGCUGGAAUUCUUACUAUGAAACCUUGGAAUCAAGUCAUUGACCCAGCAGUUGACCAUUUAGUCAUACAAGGAACUGACAGUGAGCGUUCAGAACUACAGAUGCAUGCUUCAAAUUAUCUCCCCCAAAUUUCAGAGCUCCUUAGGAGAUUGCCACGUGUAAUUUUGUUGAUGCUGAAGACAAAUGACUGUUUAAGGGCGGUUAACAGUUCUCUGUUGCAGGGAUCUUCACUCGAGACAUUCCUCAUCAUCGGGAAGGUAUCAUCUGAAGCAGUUAUCAAGGCGAGACUAUCAGAAAAUAAAUCCUUAGCAUGUUGGUUAAAUGUCUGGUUAGAUGAAGUAGUGUUGGAAGCUAGAAUUUUCACUUUGCAGCUAGCUUUAUGGCUUUUACAUCUCAAAAAAGCUUUACUCUGGUGAAACUGUGAAAUGUAGCAAUACAUAAAGAUCCAGUUUUGUCAUCGUUUUGAGGCUUCUUCAUUCUUUCUCUCUGUGGUCAAAUUCCCCAAUCUUUUCUUGCUGUGUUAUUUGAACACAGAUUGAUUAUACCGCGAAAGAGUAUAAGAAUAGUGUCCGAGGGGCAGAUUUAUACUGUAACACCCCAUAUGUAGGACUGUAUGACGGUUGAAAAAGUAUAUAUACAUUCAUUGAGGUGAGUUAAAUUUACCAAUAAAGUGUUGCGAGUUAAACAGCACUUUCUGAGUA